GUGGUAGAAAAAAUGAAGCUUUUUGCCUUGGGGGACGGUUUUGUCAUUCGAGAUAACUUUCACGCAACAGACAUUAAUGAUAGUGUUUUCAACGCCGAUGAUAUCAGAGCUGGGCCGAUAUUACAUGAUAAUACCCUAGAGACGACUCGAUCUAUUGAUAACUCCAUCUCGAGGUAGUUAGCGGAGGAAGGCUAAGAAUGCAGGGUGUUAUGAACAACUAACGUACAAUUAGGUGUGUGUGUGUCCGUUACCAAAGAAUUACAGAAAUGACUGAACAGCCGCCGAAUCCAAACUGGACAUCUUUUUUCGAUCGUCAAGUUGUCAGACAGUACCAAGAUUUCGUGAGAGACAGGGAUCCAGCUAAGAGAAAUCUUCCACCAUUAGAUUAUGAUACCAGACCAGACUUUGAUACCUCACAGCCAGAAAAUGGUCACAUCUCCACUCCUCCCCCAGUACCCGAAUAUUCCAGGGUCAUCUUUCCUCAUGGUCGAAAUAAAAAGAAACAGAAAGAAUUUAAAUCACAGCGAGGGAGACGAACAUUUUCGUGUGUGAUAUUUGGUGUUUUAAUGAUCGGCGUUUUAGCUUUACUGGCUGGUUUUCUUAUACAUUUCUUAUUCAUUGAUAAAGGUUCACAAGCAGAAUUUCUAAUAGGUAGCCCUGAACGUAAUAAUAAUACUGGUAGAAAAGAACCUUCUAUGCUACUUACUACAGCUAGUUCAAGUACAAUAAAUUUUACCGCUACGACUGCAAAACCAACGACGGCCCGCCCUACAACAACAAUUAUCACUACAACGCCUUCGACUACUACUUCCACUAGUAAACCUGUGGUCGUCCCAAUUGCACCUAAAACCUUACAAUCCAGCGAAAUAUUCUCAGUAGCUGUUACAAGACCCAAAUCAGCGACUACAGCAACACCUACAACCACUGCUACACUUACAACGACUCCAAAACCUAUCAAAGCCAUAUUAACCCUGAAUAAUGUCAGUGUCUCUUUGGGUGAACCAGCUUCUCUGAUUUGUAACUUAUUACAAGGUGGAGCAUGGAAGACUCUGUCUAUACUACAGAUAAAACCAGCUUUUAGUUUGCUUGUGACUCUCCAUGCUGGUGCCAAUAAGACAAACACCUGGCCAGAUAAAAGGCUACGUUCCGCGUUUGUUAUCGUUGAGAACGGUGUAGAGUUGCUACUGGUUAUUACCAAGACCAGGUGUACAGAUCACGGUGUAUACAGAUGUUCAGCUGAACUAGAGAAUGGUAUCAUAUAUGAUACACAGGAAGUAAUCAUUAAUGAACCCUUUGUUCAACCAGUGGUAAAGACAUUACCAUAUCUAAUCGAGAAAGAACUGGCAACGAUAUCAGCUAACUGGACACUGGGUCCUAAAUAUACACAAGGUAAAGUUACAUGGGAAGUGAAGGCUGCACAUGACACUGAGUAUACACCAGUAGAAGUGAACGACUUCACCCAACCAACACGACUCGACUGUUCUACUCAGUUCACCAACACCUUCGUGGUUUUCGUAGAAAUGAAAUUCAAUAAUUCGUAUUUACGAAUUCGGAUAGAAUCGGUUUAUGAUGAGAAUGGUGUGGCCAAGUCAUAUGUUUCUCCACCAGUUUACCUCUUAGUUAUACCAGCUGGAUUAUGUCGUGGUCGAGUUGAUGAUUCUCUGAUCAAACAUCCCUAUACUUGUACCCAGUUUAUACAGUGUAAGAAUCAGACUAUGAGUAUCUAUGGUUGCAGAGCAGAUGAAUGUUUCAUUCAGUCUGUGGAGGCCUGUAUGCCAGUUCCUAGACUCGUACAGUUGCCAAAAUUCGGUUAACCCACAAAUCUUACUCUCGUACAAAUGCCGAAAGUCGAUUGACUAACAAAUCUCACUGCCAAAUACGGUUGACCUAUAACAGCUAAUUAUCGUACAUAUUCCAAAAUUCUACUGACUUUACACAAUUUCUGAAGACUGUUUCAUAACAAUCACAUGGAAAAUGAAAUGUUAGAAAAAUCGUGUCUUCGUAAGAUUGUGUAUAUGGAAUGAGACAAUGAUAAUCCCACAAACGAUAUACGAGUGAUGUUUGUGGUAAGCUAAUGUACAUAUUUCUGCGUUGACUUUUACUACACUUUGCUCAUCGUUGGAGACUUAGAAACAUCACUAUGUUUCACAGGAGCUUUAUACAAUAAAUUCAGUAAUUCCUUCUGACAGUGGGGCUAUAACAAAAUGUACUUAUGUAAAAACAAAAUAAUAUAUAUUCUUAUGUAAUUACAUUUAUAAAUAUAAAUAUAAAAAUCGUGAUAUUCUUUU